AUGGCCUCCCCCCGUGCUGCUUCUCCCUUGACCUCCGGUGCUGAAUCCGGCCCUGACUCCAAGUCUGCCGGCGCUGGUGCCGCCGCCGGAUCUGCGUCCGCCAUCAACCGUCCUUCGUCGCCCACUCCCCCCGGUGGUCCUCGCGCUGCUCUGCGUCGUCGCGCUGCCGCCGACCACAAGGAGUCUCUGCGCAAUGUCCGCCCUAGCUCGACUCGCUCUGCCGGUGCCGGUGGUUCCUCGGGCACUAUGCUCAAGCUCUACACCGACGAGAGCCCCGGUCUGCGCGUCGACCCCGUCGUUGUCUUGGUUCUGAGUCUGGGAUUUAUCUUCUCGGUCGUUGGUCUGCACGUCAUUGCCAAGAUCACCCGCAAGUUCUCUUCAUAA